CGUCACCAACACGCCCAAUAGGACGCCUUUAAUGAGUCAAUUCACCCACCCCAGCAGCAUCAUAUGGUUGAACUUUGAUAACUAGACAUUUACUGAUGCUGACAUAUACGAUAUAUAAAGUGUAGUUUAAAAAUAUAAAAGGCUUCGAAGCCGCAUAUCAUGAUGUAUUCUAGCAUAGGCACAAGUCGUUCCCCUGUACUAUAUUUAAUUUCAUAGGCUCAGCACAAGCGAUCAUCUUACCUUGGGAGUUUUCCAUGAUGGCAGACAUCAAACCGUAUACGAUCGCGGUCGAUGACCAGCGCUUAAAAGAUUUAAAAACUCGGUUAUCUCUUGCCAAAUUCCCUGAUGAACUUGACGACUCUGGUUGGGACAUGGGGUCCCCUCUUGCCGACGUCAAGAGAUUGUCAAAAUAUUGGUUAGAGACAUACGACUGGAGAAAAGCAGAAAAGGAACUGAAUAAACUGCCGCACUUCGUCACUGAUAUUCAAUGUGAUGGGUUUGAGCCUCUAGCGAUCCAUUUCAUUCAUGUUCGUAGUGAGGUCAAGGGUGCUAUCCCGUUACUUUUCAUCCACGGCUGGCCAGGUCACUUUGAGGAGGUUCUGAAGGUCUUAAGACCCCUCACUGAAGGUGGUGAUGGGGUCAAAUAUCCAGCAUUCGAUGUCGUCGCGCCGUCAUUGCCGAACUUUGGCUUUUCCGAGGGCCCCAAGAAGCGAGGCUUUGCUUUGGAGCAGUACGCCGAAACCGUGAAUAAGCUCAUGUUGAAACUAGGAUACAACGAAUACGUCACACAGGGGGGUGAUUGGGGUUGGGGUAUUAGCAGAACACUCGCGCAUCUCUUCUCCAAGCAUUGCAAAGCGACACAUCUCAACAUGGAUUCCGCCAAUCCACCUGAAUUCCUCAAAAACCCACUCCUUGCUAUACAACAUGCUCUGACACCAUACAACGCCCGAGAGAAACACGGUGUCACUCGUUGUGCAUGGUUUGAUAAAGAAGGGAGAGGCUACAACUUAGAACAAUGCACAAAACCUCAGACGAUCGGAUAUGCGCUUGCGGAUAGUCCAGUGGCUCUUCUAGGCUGGAUUUACGAGAAGCUUCAUGACUGGACGGACUCGUACCCCUGGACUGACGACGAAGUCUGUACUUGGAUUAGUAUAUAUUGGUUCAGCACGGCAGGGCCUGCCGCCAGCUCACGGAUUUAUUACGAGUCGAACCACAAUGUCGAUGGUCGGAUGGAUAAGAUGGACAAGGAGAGAAUGAGGACCUGGUCACCGGGCGUCAAGCUUGGUUUCAGCCACUUCCCUAUGGAUAUCUAUGUCUUGCCUAGCACGUGGGUGCGGACAUUGGGCAAUGUGGUUUUCGAAAAGGAGCACGAUGGUGGUGGCCACUUCGCCACCUGGGAACGACCUGACGAUAUUGUCACCGACGUCAGGGAGAUGUUUGGAAAGGGUGGGGGUGCCUUUGGUGUUGUAAAGGGGGCCACGGGAUAUACUUCGUAACUGGCUAGCUGACUUGAUGUUGCAUGAAGUUGCUAUUUGAGACUUGGCGCUAGGUUUCUCAGCUGGAUUUAGUUCAUUGUUGGUUGGCAAGUUGUGAGAUGAUCAUCGGUUAACAUCAACAAUUCUAGGAUAGUUUAAAGACAGUUACACGUAUAGUCAUUUAAGGAUUGUUAAGCUAAAGUUAUAGUGAUAUGAUGAGUU